ACGAAGCGUCGAAUUCCAUGCACGUUUUUAGAACGUUCGCCGCACGACUCCCGCCAGACGACCGUUUAAAUUCUGUCCUCCGUGAAGCACACGCCGAGAGGACUGCAGGCAUUUAUUUAUUGAGUUUUUUUUUUACAUUAGUCUAAACCACAGCUCGCAGAAAUGGCUGAAUCAGACGUCAAUCCUAAAGCUUAUCCUCUGGCCGACGCAACUCUCGCCAAAACCAUCCUAGACCUGGUGCAGCAAGCGGCCAACUACAAACAACUGAGAAAAGGGGCCAACGAAGCCACUAAAACCCUGAACCGUGGUAUUGCGGAGUUCAUCGUGAUGGCUGCUGAUGCUGAGCCGCUGGAGAUCAUCCUUCAUCUGCCUCUGCUGUGUGAGGACAAGAACGUCCCGUACGUGUUCGUGCGCUCCAAGCAGGCCUUGGGCCGGGCGUGCGGGGUGUCCCGGCCCGUCAUCGCCACCUCCGUCACCAUCAAGGAGGGCUCUCAGCUCAAGCCUCAGAUUCAGUCGGUGCAGAUGGCCAUCGAGAGACUCCUGGUCUGAGAACUCUCUCUCCACAGUUUUCCCUCGUUUAUCAUUCACCAUCUAAAUCUGGUUUCUCAAUUAUUGUUUGUUUUGUGGAUGUUCAGUUUUUAUCGUUUAUCAUUCACCAUCUAAAUCUGGUUUCUCAAUUAUUGUUUGUUUUGUGGAUGUUCAGUUUUUAAAGUCUUUACCUGUCAUUUUUUAUCACUUUGACAUUGGAUGAGCACAUGUACAUUUAUAUUGUGGAAAGAAAAAAUAGCUGUUUUUAUCUUUUUUUUUUUAAUUGAGAAUUCAGAUUCAACAUGGUAGAAAACUUAAGAGUAGUUUUGUUAUGUAUAGCAAUUAUUGUACAGACUUAUAAUAAAACUUCCAGAAUACAUAAUGUCCUAUACAUAAUCUAUCUGUAUAAUUAUACUGUACAUGUGUACUUUACUGUCAAAAAUUGAGGUCAGUUUUUUAUAUAUAUAUAUAUAAAAAAGCUCAUGCUCACCAAAAAGGCUGCAUUUAUUUGAUUAAAAAUACAGUAACAACUAAAAAUGUAACUUUGAUGGUAAAGCUGAAGUUUCAGCAUCAUUACUCCAGUCUUCAAUGUCAAGACACCAAGUUGUAAAUAUUUUAUAACAAAAAAAGUGUCACUUUUUAAUCAAUUUAUUUUGCAUCCUUGCUGAAUAAAAGUAUAUAAAUAUUUACUGACCUUAAAA